AUUUACAUCCUCUACACAAUCUCCAUCCAUUAGUUCUGUUCGACUGCGCCAUUAUUUGUACGAGUUCGGCAUUGUGGUCGCCCCGGCUGGGAUUCCUCCUCCACGUAGCUCUCCUCUUCAUGUCACACAACGCCGGAGGCCUGUCGUGCAGCCGCCGCUAGAGACCUGUCGCGCAGCCACCACCGAAGGCCUGUCGCGCAGCCGCCGCCGCCGGAGACCUGUCGCGCAGCAGUUGCCGCCGGGCUUAGGCGCUGCUAGGGGGACGAGGACUCCAUAGGUGAUCCGCGGGGGAUGGGUCGUGGGCGCUGCCAGGGGACGAGGACUCCGUAGGCGAUCUGCGGGGGACGACAAGAAUUGCUCUGCUUUGCACGUGCUGCCAGUCUGCCUGUGCUACCAGAUUUCAACCUCGACAUUGACGCGCAUCACCAAUUUGUUGCGCCUGUUGUUGUAUUCUGGGUACUCCGUAGAUAGAAAAGACAGAUUAUUGAUAGUGAUGGACAAAUCUUGGAUCAAUGCAACACUAUUUAGCAAGCCACACCUAGAAGGAGUUAGUGAGUUCAUGAAGCUUGUAAUAGAGCGAUUUAAUGCGAAUGAAGAGAUACUUUGUCCAUGCCGCAAGUGUUUGAAUCGGCUUAGUGGACAUAGAGGACAGGUGGAGGACCACUUAUAUCUUCAUGGGAUGGCUAGUACAUACACUAGGUGGAUGUAUCAUGGAGAAGCCAUGGAUGACAUAAUUAAUGAAAAUGGUGACCACGAGGAUGAACAUGUGAGUUUCAAUGAUGAUGUUGGUAUGAAUCAAGAUGAAGAAGAUCCUGAUGAUAGGAUUAAUGGUAUGGUAGAGGAGUUAUACACAGCCGAAGAUCAAGAUAAAAGGAAAUCUAUGUUUGGAGAUAUACUAGAGGAGAUGAAACAAGAACUUUAUCCUGGUGCAACUUAUACAAGAUUUUCUUUUGUGGUGAAGUUGCUUCAUAUUAAGUCGUUUUAUCGUAUCAGCAAUGUUGGCUUCACUGCAAUACUGAAGUUGUUGAAAUCAGGAUUUCCUAAUUGCUCCCUUCCUGCAUCUUUUGGAGAAGCAAAGAAACUUAUUCGUGCACUAGGACUUGGGUAUGUUUCAAUCCAUGUGUGCGUGAAUAACUGUGUUUUGUUUCAGAAGAACUAUGCAAAGCACGAUCAAUGUCCAAUUUGCGGUGAAUCAAGAUGGAAAGAUACAAAUAAACGGAUCCCUCAAAAGGUAUUGCGCCAUUUUCCAUUGAUCCCUAGGCUAAAGAGAAUGUUUGCUUCCAAAGAAAUAGCAAAACAGGCACAAUGGCAUAAGUUCAAGAGGAAACAUGUGGAGAAUGAGCUUAGUCAUCCAGCUGAUGGAGAGGCAUGGAAAGAUUUUGAUAGAAAAUAUGGUCAGUUUGCAGAAGAUGCAAGGAACAUUAGACUUGGGCUCGCUACUGAUGGUUUCAAUCCUUUUGGCAAAAUGAGCUCAUCAUACAGCAUGUGGCCAAUAUUUCUUAUACCAUACAACUUUCCUCCAUGGGAAUGUAUGGAACAAUCCAACUUCAUUAUGGGCCUACUCAUUCCUGGCCCAAAAUGCCCAGGAAAGGAUUUUGAUGUCUUUAUGGAACCACUCAUUGAAGAGUUGUUGGAGCUUUGGAAAGGUGUCACUACUUGGGAUGCAUUGAGUGGAAACAAUUUUGAACUACAUGCUGCAGUUAUAUGGUGCAUUCACGACUAUCCAGCUUUGAGCACAUUGUCAGGUCGGGUCACAAAAGGCUAUUACGCUUGUGUGCAUUGUGACAAAAAUCCUUGCUCCAAAAGAAUAAGGAACAAGAUAUGCUAUGUUUAUCAUCGACGUUUCCUUCCAAAAGAUCACAUUUGGAGGAGAAAUAAAAGUUUUGAUGGUCAUAGUGAACAACGUGAGAAACCAGAGGAAUUUAGCAUAGAUGAGUUGAUGCAACAAUUGGAGAGGGUAAAAGAUGUAAGACCAGGAAUACAUACUAAAAGCAAAAAGAGAAAGAGGGAAGUAGAAGGUCAAUGUUGGAAGCGAAGAUCAUGUCUAUGGGAUUUGCCAUAUUGGUCAAGUUUGAAGUUGCGCCACAAUCUUGAUGUAAUGCACAUUGAAAAAAAUAUAUGUGAGUACUUUCUUGGUACAUUUCUUGGCAUUGUUGGAAAGACAAAGGACACCAUUAAUGCUAGGCUUGAUUUGGAGGACAUGGGCAUAAGGAGACAUUUACACUUAAAGCAUAAUGGGGACUCAUACAAUUUUCCGCAUGCACCAUACACAAUGAAUAAAACACAGAAGGUUGAUUUUUGUGACUUUUUGAGAAGUGUGAAAUUCCCCGAUGGCUAUGUUUCUAACUUAGCAACAUGUUUUAGUACUGAUGGAUGCAACCUCCAAGCAUUGAAAACUCAUGAUUGUCAUAUCCUUCUUCAAAGAAUUUUACCUGCUGCUAUUAGAGGAAUCAUGAGUAAGGACAUAUAUGAAGCACUUGCUGAAUUAGGUAUUUUUUUCAGCACUUAUGUGCUAAGACAUUGAAGUUGGAUGUUUUACAAAGAAUGAAAGUUGAAAUCCCAAUCAUUUUGUGCAAGCUUGAGAAAAUAUUUCCUCCUUCUUUCUUUGAUGUGAUGCUGCACUUGGCUAUUCAUUUACCUGACGAGGCAAUCCUAAGAGGACCAGUGCAAUAUGGGUGGAUGUAUCCAGUGGAAAGAAGGUUGUAUACAUUGAAACGUUUUGUAAGAAAUAUGGCUAGACCUGAAGGAUCCAUUGCAGAAGCAUAUGUUGCUAAUGAGUGCUUGACAGCUUGCUCGAGGUACUUCGAUGAUGUUGACACACGACACAAUCGGGAGGGUAGGAACAAAGAGCGUGUUGAUUUGAGCAGAGGCAAAUUUUAUGUUUUUCAGCAUGGAGUUGAACUUCUUGGAGCACCAAGAAUUACAUACCUCCAAGAUGAUUAUGAUAAGAUGGUUUGGUAUGUCCUAAACAAUUGUUCGGAGGUCGAGCCAUAUAUAAAGAUGUAUAAGGAAGAGUUAGAGAAUGAAGGGAUUGUUAAUGUGGAAAAAACCAUUCAGAAGCACUUUUCCUCCUGGUUUAAGAAGCAUAUUGCAAGUUUGCGUUUUGUCGAGGGAGAAGACAUUGAUGAUGACCUAUAUGCAUUGGCAUGCGAACCAGAUUUGCGAGUUCGAAUUUUUUCUGCAUGUCUUGUUGAUGGUGUUCGGUACCACACCAUUGACCGUGAGAGAAAUAGAAGAACCCAAAACAGUGGAGUCAUGGUUGAGGGCACUCAUAAUAAUGAAUUCAUUGAUUUUUAUGGCUGCUUAAAAGAAAUUAUCGAGUUGCAGUAUAACUCAGAUUUGAUGGAGCAUCGGACAGUUGUUCUUUUCCGGUGUGAUUGGUUUGACACUCAUAGCAAGAAAGUCAGUAUGAAAUAUGAUGGAUAUUUUAGAAGCAUAAACCAUAGUAGUUGUUGGUACAAAAACGAUACUUUUAUUUUAGCAGCACAAGCAACUAAGGUAUUUUAUUUGCAAGACAUCAAGAAUUCUGGAAGCUGGAAGAUUGUUCAAAAAUUUACACAUAGGCACUUGUGGUGUGUGGCUGAAAAUGACAUUGAUGAAAGACCUAGUUCCUCAGGACUAUCAUACCAAGAUGAUACAUGUGUUGGUUCUGAAGUGCAAGUUAAUGAAGGAGAUAUGGAGAUAACUGGACAUCAGGAUGCUGACGAAUCUAUUAAUGUCAGUGCAAGUGUGGUUGAUGAAUUUCGGGUGCAACGAGAAGAGGAAGUGGAAGAGUAUGAGACAAGCGACAAUGAAGAUGAAACUGGAUGGCAAUAUGCUAGUGACAACGAAGAAUCAAUAACUAUUGUCAAUGACGAUGAUGAUUUCAGCGAUAACGAGUAGCAUGUUUUUUGUUUGAUCUGAGAGAAGUGAACUCUAUGCCGUAUUUUGUUUGAUUUUUAAGAAGUGAACUAGCUACUGUUAUUUGAGAGAAGUGAACUGUAUGCUACAAUUUGUUUGAUUUUUAAGAAGUGAACUAGCUACUGUUAUUUGAGAGAAGUGAACUGUAUGCUGCAAUUUGUUUGAUUUUUAAGAAGUGAACUCUAACUGAUGUAAUACUACUGCUACACCGAAUACACAUUUCAGAUUUCAGAACA